AUGGCCGCAGGAGGUGGUCUUGUGGGUCGCCGAGACAAAAACAAUAUACGCGGAUCACGAAUGGCUAUUGGACUAGUGAUCGGAGUUACACUUGGGUGUAUCUUUGCAUUUUUGUACUACCCACAUUAUGAUCAUGCUUUUCUUUCUUCACCACAACAAUCUACUUCUCAAUUUCAAGGCCGCCUUGGCAUCAAAUCUUUUCUUGAAUCUUCAGAGCGGAAGCUGGCAGAUUUAUCAAGCGAGAACAAUGAUUUAAAGAAACAGGUUAAGGAUUUAACUAAAAAGUUAACAAUAGCAUCAGCUGAAGAUAAAACCAAAAAAGUCGGGCCUUUUGGUACUGUCAAAGGUACAAGAACCAACCCGGUAGUCCUUCCAGACGACUCUGUUAAUCCACGACUCGCAAAAAUACUAAAAAAAGUUGCUGUCAAAAACGAGCUUAUAGUUGCACUCGCAAAUUCUAAUGUUAAACCCGUGUUAGAGUUGUGGUUCACUAGCAUCAAAAAGGUCGGCAUACCAAAUUAUCUAGUCGUGGCCUUAGACGACGGAAUCGUGGAUUUUUGUAAAGAAAAUGAUGUCCCAUUUUACACAAAUGAAGAUCAUAAUAUUGUUGACAAAUCAGUUGCUAAAACGGAUGACCGUCACGCUGUUUCAGGAUUGAAAUUUAGAAUCUUGAGGGAGUUUUUACAAUUGGGUUAUAGUGUCCUGUUAUCCGACGUUGAUAUUGUAUAUAUCCAGAACCCUUUUGAUUAUAUAUACAGAGAUUCAGAUGUCGAGUCUAUGUCUGAUGGGCAUGAUAAUAUGACUGCGUAUGGAUUUAACGACGUUUCUGAUGAUCCUUCAAUGGGAUUCGCUAGAUGGGCUCAUACAAUGCGAAUAUGGGUUUAUAAUUCGGGCUUCUUUUAUAUACGUCCUACUUUACCUGCAGUUGAGCUUUUAGACCGUGUGGCUGAAAGACUAUCUCGACCGCCCCCUUGUUGGGAUCAGGCGGUUUUCAAUGAAAUGCUUUUUUUCCCGUCGCAUCCAGGUUACGUUGGGCUUCAUGCUUCUAAAAGAACCAUGGAUCAUUAUAUGUUUAUGAAUAGUAAGACUCUUUUCAAAGAAGUAAGAAAAGAUAUUGGUCACUUAAAUAAGUUGAAGCCUGUGGUUGUUCAUGUGAAUUUUCAUCCAGAUAAAUUGCCUAGAAUGAAAGCAAUAAUGGAGUUAUAUUUCGAUGGCAAGCAAGACGCGUUGGACCCGUUUCCUGAUGGGUUUGAAUGGAAUUGGUAGCAACACUACUU